CCCUCCUUUCCUCAGUUUUAAGGCCCGGUUCCUCCUCUUUCUGCCAUGAAGAUCAAAAUAGCGGCCUUUAUCGCCGGGAUCCUUGGGGUUUUGGGUGUUCUUCUCUUCCUGAUAGCCUUCGGGACCGAUUAUUGGCUCCUAGCGACAGAGGCAUGCGGAGGAUUUGAACCUGAGAACAACACACUUCACACCAAGGAGGGUGGGGACAGAGAGUGGAAGAAUGACAGCCAAGAAGUUCUCACCUUUCACCAUGAAGGGUUCUUUUGGAGGUGUUGGUUUUUUGGAGAUUAUAAGGAGACCAUAUGGACCUUCUGGUUCACUAGCCAAGGGCGUCCAAAAUACUGCAUGAAUGGUUACCUAUUCCCUAUGCCCAUCGCUCUUGGACCUUAUCCACACCCUUCCUAUGAUGCGACUGCAGUGUACCGCGGCUUCUGGACGGCGUUCAUUGUGCUGGCUGUCGCCGCCAGUCUUGUUGGAGGAUUUCUGUUGGUGUGCGGCGUGCCCUUUGUCAACGCGCGCUUCUAUAAAGUAGGAGGCGGAUUCCUCCUCACGGCUGGAAUUUUAUUUGCCCUGUUGAUUUUUCUGUUUGUGAUGUGGAAAGAAUUUGCUGCCGAUCUCGCCAAAUACAUACUUCUCGAAAGAAGUGAUCGAUGUGAAGAUGAGAUUCCUGUAAAAGUUUAUUAUGGAUGGUCAUUCAUCUUUGCAGCCGCCGGGGUCCCCUUAGUGUUACUUUCUGGACUUCUCUUUUACCUGGUUGGUUAUAGUAUUCUCAAGGAGCUGGAGUAAGAGAAGAGGACCUCUUCCA